AUGCUCAAGUCAACGGCUCCGCCGUCCACCACCUUCAGACUCGCCAACAAAGAGUUCCCAAAGGUGACUUGGUGGCGCGAACCAGGUCUCCGGCACCUAUACUUUUUACUCCUUGUGCCGCUCAUGACUUCUAUGGUCAACGGCUACGAUGGCUCCAUGAUGAACGCAUUACAGACAAGCGGGCAGUGGCAGAACUACUUCCACCAUCCUCGUGGCUCGUUGCUGGCGUUUUACAACCUUGCUUUUGCGCUUGGACAGCUGAUUGCUGUGAUUCCAUUCCCAUUUCCUGCUACAAUUGCGGAUAAGUUGGGAAGACGAUGGGGCGUUGUGAUUGGAAGUAUUAUUGCUAUCAUUGGAGUAGCUGUUCAAAGUGCUAGUAUCAAUGUUGGCAUGUUUGUUGCAGGAAGAUUCAUUGUUGGCUUCGGUGUCAUGAUUGACCACGGGAGUGCACCUCUCAUGGUGACUGAACUUGCUCAUACGCAACAUCGAGCCACGAUUACGGCGAUUUACAACUCGACGUGGUAUUUUGGAUCUAUUGUUGCCGCGUGGGUGACCUUUGGCACUAUUAAUAUUGACAGUGAGUGGGCCUGGCGCAUUCCGUCUAUUAUCCAGGCUUUCCCUGCCAUUGUGCAGAUCAUGUUUAUUUGGUUCUUGCCAGAGAGCCCUCGUUUCCUCAUUGCAAAGGACCGCCACGAAGAAGCCCUCGACAUUCUGGUUAAGUUUCAUGGCAACGGCGAGCGCACCGAUUUCGUCCAGACCUCCUUCACCGAAAUCAAGGAGACACUGGCCUUGGAGCGCGAGUUUGCUUCUAAGAGCGGUUGGCUCGACCUCGUCAGCACGCCAGGCAACCGCAAGCGUACCCUCAUCUGCUAUCUGCAGGGCUUCUUCUCGCAGUGGUGCGGCAACGGCCUGGUGUCCUAUUAUCUAGUGCCUGUGCUGGAGACGAUUGGCAUCACCAAGAAUGCCGAGCAGGCGGGUUUGAAUGGCGGGCUGCAGAUCUGGAACUUCAUUGUGGCUAUCUGGGCGGCAUUUAACAUCGACCGCUUUGGACGUAGGAAGAUGGUGUUGGGAAGUACGGGGUCGAUGAUUGUGUGCUUUGUGUUGUGGACGAUUCUUUCGGCGCGAUAUAACAUUACGGGAGAUGGUGCUGAUGCAAAGGGCGUCAUUGUCAUGAUCUUUUUGUUUUACACGGCAUUCAACUGUGGAUGGCAAGGUCUGGUGUUGGCGUAUCCCAUUGAGAUUCUGCCAUAUGAGAUUCGCGCCAAGGGUCUCAACGUUACAUUUUUCGGUGUCAGUUCGUCAUUGCUCAACCAGUACAUCAACCCCGUAGGCAUCGAGUCUCAGGGAUGGAGAUUCUACAUUUUUUACGAUGUGUUUCUCUGCGUCAUCUUCGUCGUCGUCUACUUUCUCUGGGUGGAAACAAAGAACACUCCCUUGGAAGAGAUUGCCAAGUACUUCGACGGCGAGGAAGCCAAGGUGGGCGGUGGUGCUUCAACCGGCGCUUCAGCCGCGGUGCUUUCGCAGAUGAGGGCCAAGAACCCGGAUUUUGAGGAAGAGGUGACGCAUGUUGAGGCGAACGAGGCUUGA